AUGGGGUGGAAGCGGAGGAGGGAGAAGGACGAGAGGGAGGCUCAACCAAAUGAAGGCCUUUAUCUGUUGCAGAAAAUAACGGGAAAAUACGCUGCUCAGCUCGCUGCACUCAGCUCCAUUCAUCCUGUUGGGGUGGUGUUAGUGGGGUUCAUAGCAGAUGACAAGCUUGCCCCUUGGGAUUCAACUAUCGCAUUUACGAGCUCACCAAUGAUUGUGGAAAUGGUCAAAGCUAUGGGCCUACCCCUCACAGAGGAUAGUGCCUUAGCCAUGAGGAACUUCUACAACAGGAUAAAGGCAUUCAGGUACAAGGUUUAUGCAGGAAAGGCACAAAUAACUUACUCAUAUCCUUCCAGCCCAUAUCAACCCGAUGCCAUUAAACAGAGGUAUGAGCAAUUUGUCUCCUAG